GGAUCACCCAGCUGAGAACCGGCUGUGUGGCACAAUUACUGCGCAGUGUGUGUCUGAUACAGAGCCACUGCAAUGCUAACCUUCAUGUAGUUGAGUAAUUUUAUUGCAACUGCACAUAGGCAAAAAUAAAAAAACUGCAUGGCGCACGUGUUACCCUGUACGCACAACAAUGCUGUUGCGGACGAAACAGGCAGCAUCAGAAAUAUGCAAAGUGGUGGACAUUCCAUGGCUGGUGACUGGAAGGUGGCUAGAAAUGUACGCAGUGGGUGUGGUUUGGGAGUGUGUCUGGUUUGUCAAUACUAGCAGCUGUGUUCACAGACGCUCAGCCGCAGACAUAGAAGGUUAUAGUCAGACGGAGGCGCAGCAACUGCCAUGUGGCUAGUUAACGUUUCGAUGGUGUAACCAAAGGUGAUAUAUAAGGAUGCACAGACGCCAACAGCGAGCGCCUCAGAUUUUGCACAUUUGGGUCCACGGAUGUACACAAGGGAAGGAGUUUGCAUCAGUAUUUGCAUAAAGUUGCAGCCGGCUUUAGUGUGGCCUGAUGUGUUGGCAGUACACUCCUAUUGUAUUCAGAUAUUGGACUUCGGAAAUGCUGAUAUUAAGAGGAAUCAUUCAUCUGCCUUGUCAUUCUCUUUGAAAUUAUGCAAAUAGCAGCAUCUGGGACCACAAGGACCAUUAUUGAUCAUGCUGUGUGUGGAAUGGAAUCGUGUGGCAGAGAUGUGUCUUUAUCUGGAUGAUCUAAGUGAGGACAGCAGGAUACUGUGUCUCUGCUCCCGAGCUUUUGUCAAUGAUCGCAACCUUUACUACUUAGGAUUUAAAAGAGUUGACAGUAACCAAAAGUAUGAUGCUAGAGAUUAUGAAGAGGAGGAAGAAGAGGUGGUUUCUGUAACUGUUCCAGCCAUCUGCCAUGUAGCUGAUCUCCCUGGUGAGGCCGAAGAGCUGGACUCAGAGGCUGAGCUCAUGCUGCAAAUGGGUCUUCCGGUGCAGUUUGGUGGAUCAUCGUUUGAGAAGAACUUUGUGCCUCCAGACACUUACAUGAAGGGACAUAAAAUUUGUAAGAAAAAAAAGAAAAAAGAAAAAGGCCAGAAACAGAAAAAUGAGCAUAUAAAAGAAACUCUGGUAGAGUUGGCACAAGACACUGAUGUUGGUUGUGAAGAUGAAGAUGGUCCUACAAGCAAUGAGCAGCCUGAGAGAGAAGAAAGUGCCCCAGCUCCAAGUGAGAGUGCGGACACUGUGGAACCAACAUCUGUAGAGCCAGUUGCACGGGACUGUUGGGAACAUUACUGGAAUCAGUAUGGACAAGGGUUACUAUGGCAGGGUUGGGUUGGGAAGAAUCCAGAAAUAUCAAGUGAACAGUGUAACCCUGAGCCAUGGAGUUGCCGUGAGACUAAGGACGAGUGGGAUAAACAUUAUAAUGAAUCAUACUGGCACUAUUAUGAGCAGUAUCACUACUGGGUACAACAGGGGUGGUCAUUUGCACCCACUGACCCUUCAAAUCCAGACACCGUAGUGCAAGAUGCACAGCUCACAAUCUCUUCAUUGCACAUACCUCUAACUUCCAUACAGGAUAUCGACAGUCAGUGUGAUGACGUAGUAAAUGGACUAAAGGAGAUAAAUCUUGCUAUAGAGAAAGCGGAGGGAGACAGUAAACCUUUAAGUGUUAUUUAUGAGAGUAAUCAGUUGCAGAACCUAGAGAGCAUUGAAACUCAUUGUCCUUGUGAUCCUGAUCAGAGUGAACCCGGAGAUGUGGGGUCUGAGGACAGGGAUGCAUCAUCUGGACGUACUGCGGCAAGCCAGCCAGUGCCACAGCUAUGCUCAAGGCAAACCUUACAAAGUGGCCAAAGUACAAGCACCAAUAAGGAUGGUGAUGAUGAGGAUGAACCCCCAGAGUGCAAACAAGUAAAAAUCAAGAGGAGCCACGAAAUGGACGCAGAAGAGAACCCAUGUGAGGUGCUUGCUGAAGUCUCCACUGUCUUGGGACUUAAACAUGGCACAGGACAGAAGUAUGGUGGAAUCUCUCAUUUCAGACAUCGGACGCUGCGUUACUUGGACAAAGGCGUUAAACAGAGCUCUCUCUCCCUCGACAUGCACAGGCCGGUAAAAGUUAAGAACCGGCACAUCUUUUUCUCAGAGGAGUUGGACAUCAAACCCAAAAAAAGUAAAACGUUAAACAAGGUACAAAAGUUUUUGAAUGGUGUUAAGGGAUCAGCUGACGAUGCCAUGGAUGGAAAGGAACUGCUGCCAGAAGUUGAGGAUUCCUUCAGCAGCUCCGGUUCUGAAGGACAAGACUGUCCCGAUGUUAAAGACCAGUGUCAUCAUGAUAUAAAUGGGCUAUCUGAAUUAAAAGACCAAGAUCAUAUUGAAGCACAAUCUGACCUGCCAGACGGCACCAGUAAAACCAAAGUGACAAACGAUAUUGUGCCCUCUAACGCCAUCUGGUGUUCAGUAGAUGCAAUCACCACAGAACAACCACCAUGGCAUAACACCAAGUUCUCAUCAAGACGACUUGUCUCUCUAGAAAUUCCAGACUAUCUACAGGAUGAAGCAGAAGAGAAUAAAAACAACACCCAAUGUAAAGUUGGUGACAAAAACAAGAAGAAGAAGAAAAAGAGUAAAAUGCGAGCCCAGAAUUUACCCCCAGAGAUUGCUGCAGACCCUCACCUGGCCAAGUACUGGGCUCAGCGCUACAGGCUCUUCUCUCGCUUUGAUGAAGGGAUUAAGCUUGAUGAAGAAGGCUGGUUUUCCGUAACGCCAGAGAAGAUUGCAGAGCACAUCGCUGGCCGCGUAAGGCAUUGCAUCGAGAAUGCUGUGGUAGUGGAUGCCUUCUGUGGUGUCGGUGGAAAUGCCAUUCAGUUUGCAUUGGCAGGAAUGAAAGUCAUUGCUGUUGACAUUGACCCAGUUAAAUUGGAACUUGCUUACAACAAUGCAGAAGUAUAUGGAGUGGCAGAUCGGAUCGAGUUCAUUCGUGCGGAUUACAUGUGCGUGGCUUGUGAUCUGAAGGCAGAUACAGUCUUUCUCAGCCCGCCAUGGGGAGGACCAAGCUAUGUCAGCGCAGAGACGUUUGAUAUGAAGACGAUGAUGUCCCCUGAUGGAUUUGAAGUUUUUCGGCUUUCCCAGCAGAUAACGGAAAAUAUUAUUUAUUUCUUACCACGCAAUACUGAUGUGGAACAGGUGGCAUCUCUUGCUGGCCCUGGCGGCCAAGUCGAAAUAGAGCAGAAUUUCCUGAACAAGAAACUGAAAACGAUGACUGUCUAUUUUGGAGACCUGAUUCGAAAACCGGAAUGAUACUCGUUUAUUGGUGGAAUCAACGCUUACGAUUGAUCAAUGUUAGGUGGCGUGAUAGUUAAGUCUGUGAGGACCAAACUGACCACAUCUUGGGCAAAGAAAACAAUGUCUUUAUGGGAUUUCUUCAAAACAUUUCCUGUUAUUAUAAUUAAGGGACACUGUCAACAUAAUGGUAAUAUCGACAAUAAUGUAUUUGUGCUGUGUAUAAGAAGCAUUGCAGCUUUCAGUAUCUAUCGCUUUAGACGUGGUGUUCAGCAAAUAGUUACAGACUAAGUGACACACAUACCGGGUUAGAUGGAUUUGUACAGAGAAAUACAUGGCAAAGUUGAAUAGCUUAUUUUUACAGAUAUUAAAAGAUAUAUAUAUAUAUAUAUAUAUAUAUAUAUAUAUAUAUAUAUAUAUAUAGCAACUAUUAACCGGCACUCUCACUUCCUUCAUCAGCUGCCGCGGUGCCCUUUAUGUAUACAUACAGUCCGUUCCAGUUAUGGCACUCUGCGGUCUCUAACGAAGGCUAUUAAAGCUGAAACGUCGCUGAUGCAAGCUUGGUUGUGAGCUGUAUUUAUUCCCUGUUAGAGACCGCAGAGUGCCAUAUCUGGAACGGACUAUAUAUAUAUAUAUAUAUAUAUAUAUAUAUAUAUAUAUAAAAAUAAUUUUUAUAUUAUUUUUUUCAUUAGUGAAUCGGGAGGGGAAAAUACCCCAUAAGACACUGGAGCAGUAAAAUCCAGUCGUGAUUUUAGCAGUUUAACAUUGGGUCCGGUCUGAAGAUCGACAGUCAUUAGGUUGACAUGUCUUCAAGGUCGACAAGGUUUCUAGGUCGACAGGUCAAAAGGUCGACAUGAGUUUUUUUGUUUUUUUAAAUCUUUUUUGAACUUUUUCAUACUUAAAGAUCCACGCGGACUACGAUUGGGAAUACCUGUGCCAAGCGCAGCGAGGCACCUUGCCCGAGAGCCAUGCGAGGGGGACACGGUGCACUAAUUGGGCUUCCCGGUCACUGUACGGAGAAAAUGACACCCAAAAAACAUGAAAAACUCAUGUCGACCAUUUGACCUGUCGACCUAGAACAUGUUGACCUAGAAACCCUGUCGACCUUCAAACCCUGUCGACCUAGUGACUGUCGACUUAAACAUUGUCGACCUAAUGAUCCACACCCGUUUAACAUAUAUCCAGGCCUUUGUUUACGCUGUGUAAUUUGUUGCCAGUUUACAUUUACACAGGAUGUCCAUGUUGGUGACUGUCACAGGAUGGACAGAUCCUACAACUUCAGUUUUAUGGUUCAUGUAAACACUUCAUUUUCUACAGUUUUUCUUGUGUAGUACGUGAUAUUUGAUAUAUUAUAUAAUAAAAUCUAUUGUAUUGAC